AUGGAUGGUGCCAUCUGCCACUAUGGGCUGAGCUGCCCGAGAUCGUUUGAACUGGAAUGUCAGGAGAUUGGCUGCAAAGCCUCAGAGCGAACGUGUGGAGAUUUAGGUGUCAACUUUAGACCUGCGGAAUGGGAUGGCCGCUGCAAUGACGGGCCAAAUGAUGUUGCACGCAGGUACGAGUGCUGCCAGUGUGUGGCUUUGCAGCCCGUUCCGGCUACGCAUUCUCCAGCCUCGUCCGGCCUUUCCUGCCAGCGAACGAGCGAUGACUGCCCCACCUCGUUGUCUGCCGCAUGUUGCAAGGACGAGCUGUCCUGCCCAGAUGGUUUCGAACUUUCCUCAUCGAUCUCCUUGUGCGGGGCGACUGCCUGUGAUCGAUUGGGCUCCAGCUACCUUCCCAGCGAGGUCAUACACAUGUCGCAGCAGUGCGUUGAUCUCUACGCACAAGACCAGACCCUCUGCAAGACCUGCGUGGAGACCAGUGGAGGCUCUACAAGCCAGGUGCCAUCCGUCACUCUCCCAGCAAUAAUAAGCACCACGUUAGUGGACGCUGCGGUGGCGACAACAUCGCAGCAAGGUGCAACUCCAACAGCUGCCCCAGCUUCCAACAGCGAUUUCGUACUUCCGAUGCGGGGUGGAGAGUUUUGCAUUACAGAUGGCUACGAGAUUUGCGAGUACCCGUUAGAAUGUCCCGUUGACUACAGCCUUCAGUGCCAAGGCCUGGCCUGCGAAGCAGAGCAGACCUGCGAGGACCUGGGAAGCCACUUCGCUACCCAGCGCUGGAACGGACACUGCGAUGGUGACUGGGAAGAAGAGGUGCUGGAACGCUUCAAAUGCUGCAGAUGUGCUCGAUCUCUGCCCUCCGAUGCCGGCUGGGAGUACAUUGGCAGUCCGGGCAAUGCUGCUUGCCGAGGGAGGAACCGAACUGACAAUGACCCGAGCUACUACACCGUGCAUGCGGGCCUCACGGACCUGGAAGCAUGCAAGAGGCUGUGCAUUGAUCAGUUUCCGAGUUGCAAAGGCAUAGAAUUCAGCCACGGACGAUGCGAAAUCUGGACACGUCCCGAAGGGAUUUUUGCGUGGGCCGAGCUCAACAUCAGUGGCUUUACUUGCAUGCGCUUUGGUUGGCCAACAAGAAAUCUUGUCCCAGUUGAUGGUGGAGUCGGAAGAGCUUGCCGUGGAGAUGAAUCAUGGGAUAACUCCGAUGAUUACUACGUGGUGGUUCCAUCGCAGACUAUCCAGGAAUGUCAGGCAGCUUGCGCUGCUGCACCGUCGUGCAAUGGGAUUGAAUUCAGCAUGGGCCGCUGUGAGGUUUGGCGGCGUCCGAUCGCGGCGAGCCUUGAGCUCGCGAACUUCACUUGCCAAGCCUACUCUCCACAUGGCUUGUCGUUACCGCUCUUCACCGAAAAGGAGCCAAUCAUAUUGCCAUAA